CAGUAUUCAGCAAACAUAUGCAAUCCCCAAUUCUAAUAAUCUAAAUUUUAAUACUUUAUUAGAAAUAGUACAAUAAUGUGGCAACGUCUGAGGCAGUAUUGGGGCAGACUUCUCUCAAAAUGCACUUCUUGCGGUUAGAAGGACCAGGUUGCACCCACAGAUCUGGUAAUUAUGGACUGUCCAGCUGAAUCCCUUCCCCCUCUUCUUCCUCCUGAUAAUGACUUUGCAAGGAGAGGUGGUGAGGGAUGACAGAACUCCUGGUGCAAAGUCCCCCACCUUGUGUAUCCCAUGUGCUUUCAAUGCUUGGUUAAAUAUUAGUGGGCAUUUUUAUAAAAAAGCACAUUUAAUGUAUUCACAAUGACUGUGCAAAGUGAAGAUAUAAAGCAGGGGUAGCACUCCACACAGUAUUGAAGGGCAGGCCUGACAUCAUCUGUUCCGCCAGAAUGGAACGGGCAGACCACAUGAAGCAUCGCCUGAACUACAGCGUGGAACGAGCAGUGAUGGACGAGGAGUGUCUACAAGAAGUGGCACACAGGCAUCCACGAAGCUCUCCAUCUUAUCUGGCUUCUAGGCUCAAGAGAUCCAUGAGAUGUUCAGUAUCUUCUGUAAGAGCCCGAGCUGCUAGUAUCUUGCCAGUUUUCUCUUGGCUGCCACACUACUCCAGGGCUUGGGCUGUCAGUGAUUUCAUUUCAGGAAUCAGCGGUGGAAUAAUGCAUCUCCCACAAGGCAUGGCAUAUGCUUUAUUGGCAUCUGUCCCUCCUGUCUAUGGACUGUAUUCCUCUUUCUAUCCCAUUCUAGUCUACUUCAUCUUUGGAACCUCAAAGCAUAUCUCAGUAGGCACCUUUGCUGUCAUGAGUGUUAUGAUGGGUAGUGUGGCAGAAAAGCUGGUCGCUGAAAAUCAUUUUUCUACAAAGCAUAACGUCACCAAUCUGACAACCGAAGAUGUGGGGGCGCUGACUGAAGAGCGGGUAGAGGUGGUGGUGGCCCUGACCUUCCUUUGUGGAUUGUUUCAGGUUUGCAUGGGUUUGGCCCGGUUUGGAUUUGUAGCCAUUUACCUUUCAGACCCAGUAGUUCGUGGCUUUACAACUGCUACAGCAAUUCAUGUGAUGGUAUCGCAGUUAAAAUAUGUUUUUGGAGUCAGUCCGAAAAGAUACAGUGGGCCUCUGUCCCUGUUGUACACCAUAGUGGAUGUGUGUAUUCUCUUGCCCCAGACAAACCUGGGUCCUCUAGUCGUUUUUAUGAUUUCCACAGCAGUGCUGAUUAUUGUGAAGCAGUUAAACAACACCUGGCACCACAGGCUACGUGUGCCCAUCCCAGGAGAGCUUCUCAUGGUCAUUGUAGCCACAGUCGUCUCGGCCUAUGUGAACUUGGACAAGAGAUUUGGAGUGGAAACCGUGGGAGAAAUUCCUAGUGGACUUAGGCCACCCACACUCCCUGAUGUGACUCUGUUUAAGGACCUUUAUGCAGAUGCCUUUAUUGUGGCCAUUGUUGGCUACAGCAUGGUCAUUUCUCUUGGUCGAGCUUUUGCUGGGAAGUACCACUACAGGGUGGACAGCAACCAGGAGCUGCUGGCUCUGGGGCUCAGUAACAUUGUGGGAGGGCUGUUCCAGUGUUUUGCCGUUAGCUGCUCCAUGUCCAGAAGUCUUGUCCAGGAAGCAUCUGGUGGAAGGACACAGGUAGCAGGUGCCAUUUCUGCGCUGUUCAUCCUUGUCAUCAUUCUGAAAGUGGGGGAGUUCUUCCAGCAGCUUCCUAAGGCUGUGCUGGCUUCCGUUGUGAUCGUCAACCUGCAAGGAAUGCUGAAACAGUUUUCAGAUGUUCACACUCUUUGGAGGACCAAUCGAGUGGACAUGCUGGUAUGGAUCAUAACGCUGGUCUCCACGCUGCUUCUGAAUAUUGACCUGGGACUUCCAUUAGCCAUCGCUUUUGCUGUCUUGACAAUCAUCUUCAGAACACAGCUGCCACAGUACUCCCUGUUGGGUCAGAUCCCAGGCACAGACCUGUACCGGCCAGUUGAAGUGUUUAGUCAGGCCAAGGAGAUCACUGGAAUUAAAAUAUUUCACUCAUCGGCCACUCUGCAUUUUGCCAAUUCAGAGCUGUAUCUGGCAAAGCUGUCUGAAAAGGUGAAGUUGCCCGCAGCUUCAGUGAGCAGUACCAAUGGAGUCGUACAGCAUGGCCUGGGGUCAUCGGAAAGCCUCGCUACACUACCAGCCGUCCCCCAUUCCAUCAUCCUGGACCUAAGCCCAGUCAACUUUCUGGACACCGUAGCCGUGAAGACGCUAAAGAGUAUUCUGAAUGAUUAUGGCACAUUAGGAGUAGAGGUGUACUUUGCUAGCUGUCAAGCUUGUGUCAUGAAGCAGCUGGAGCAGAGUGACUUCUUCACAGGAGCCGUUACUAAGCGGUGUUUCUUUGCUAGUGUCCAUGACGCUGUGCUGCACAUCCAAGGGUUGAGGACUGAGAGAUGCAGCAACUCUGAGGUUGCUUACGAAACCAUUUUGUGAAAAGGACAGACAUGGCACCUGAUGACCUACACCUUCUUUCCUGCAUUUCAAGUACCCAGCACUUUGUUGUUUUCUUAUAGCAUAAAAUAUAAAAUGUUGUUUACGCUCACCAAAGCCAGGGCUUGCUUGAAGGUAAAGCAAUUCACAAUUCAGUUUUAUAUUCUGCAUCAGAGAAAGCUGAAAUAAAAAUUGUCCAGCAGAUGGCGAUGAUGAUGUUUGGGGAAAAAUGCUGUUCAUUGAGUUGAAAAAAUCUCUGCAUACUAAAACAGCAAUACC